AUGAAUCGUACUCUUAUGGUUAUACGUUAUCGUAAAGCAACACAUAUUGGUUUAAGUUCUUCAUUUACUCGAACUUUUGUUCAAAUUUGUUAUGAAUAUUCAAAAUUAUUACUAAUAAUAAAUUUUGUUGGACUGGAUAAUCUAGAUAACGUAUGGAUAUUUAUUGAAGAAGAUAAAUCUAAUGCAAAACAACAAAUAAAACAAUCAAUUGGUCAAUUUUGUUCUGUUCGACCACCUCGGGAGUAUCGUAAUCAAGACAGUAGUAACAACAACAUUUGUUCAAGCAAACAAACUAGUGACGAGACUGAUCUUACUAAAUAUCAAACGAUAAAUCGCUCGAUUUCUUUACCAGCACGACAGACAUUUUCUUCAAGUAAAAACAAUGAAGAAAAUAUAAAACAACGUCGACGAUAUGCAAGUAGUUCCAAUAACAAUAAUAAAACUAUAAGCACUUCAUUAGUUACUUCAUUUCUUCAAUAUUUACGUGGUGAACUAAGAGCAACAACGAAUGAAAACAAUAAUGAUUAUAGAAGAAUUCAAAAAAAGAAAUCAUCUGAAGAUAACAACUAUUUAUGUCAAACAUUGUAUUUAUCAAAUAAUUUAUCUCGUCAACAAUAUUCAAUUCAAAUGUUAUCAUCAUCAUCAUCAUCGUCAUCAGCUCUUUCUUCUCAAGCAUUAAUUAUUAGUCCAAGAAAUUUAUCAAAUGAAAAUCUAUUAAAAAAUACAUAUGAUAAUAAUCCUACUAAUGAUGAUCAUGAAAUUUUAACAAUAAUUAAUCUACUUAUUUUACGUGUUGAAUGUUUAACUAAUGAUAAUACAUUAGUUAUUGAGAAAAAAAAUAAAAAAAUAUCACCAAAAAUAAAAAAAAUUAAUCAAAAUUUAAUUGAAUAUUUAUAUUAUCUAUUUAAUAAAUUUAUCAAUGAAGAUACAGAUUCAAAUACACUUACAAUAAAUAAAAAAAAUUUUGUUAAUGUUUCUCAAAUCGUAGUAUGUAAUGGUAGUUUAAAUAUGCCAACAUCAACAUCACUUAAUCAAUCACUUUCGGAAUUCACUAUUACAAAUGAUAGUGAUCAUACAUUAAUUCAAACAUAUGUACAUGAGUAUAGAACAGAUACAAAUGAUAUGACAGAAAAAUGUUCAUCAAUCAACGAGCAAACUUCAUCUGUGGCAAUAAAUGAUCGAGAAACUUGGCUUGUUGUUGAUUUAGGAGAAACUAAGCGAGAACUUUUAACAACAAAGCGUGAGGAAUCAAAAUGUUUACUAUCAUCAUCAUCAACCUGUGAUGACCAAUUGUUACCAACAAAUGAAAAUUACUUUUCUAUUGAAGAAAUAAAAUCUUGUGAAUCUGAAUCUUCACAAAGUAAUUAUUAUUCACCCGAUUCAUCAUUAGAUGAUUUAGACAAUAUGACUCAUGAAAUUGAUGAAAUAAAUAAUAACAAUAAUAAUCAUAUUUUAUUCAAUGAAGAAGGAUCAUUUUCACCAUCAUCAUCAUCAUCAUCAUCAAAUGAACAUGUUUCAAAUAAUACUAAUGUCAUUAUAAUAGAAGGAAAAGAUACUACAAGCAAUAACAACAUUUGUACAGGAUUAACUAAUGAUUGUAAUACUAAUAGUAGUAAUAGCAAUAGUAAUGAACAAGUAGCAUCAUCAACAAUGGAUACAACUGAACCAAUGACAACGAAUCUAAAUCAUAAAAUGUCUCGACGUGAACGAAAAAUGCAAGAACGUUGGACAAUAACAACUAAAAAUAAUAAAAAUACUACUGAACAAUUACCAACAAAAACUUUUUUAGGUGUCGAAUUUCCACCAAUAGCUGUACUUAGACGAAAAUUUUCAUCAUCACCACCAUCACAAUUAAGUCCUACAUUAGUCAAAAAGAAAGAUUAUUCAACUGUAAAAACUAAAGUAUUAACAACUAAUGAUGAAAUAAAUAAAUCUUUACAAGGUAAUAUUGAUAAAACAAAUGAACAUAUUUCAUCAAUACCAUUAAAUCAUUCAACAUCACUACAAAAUCAGGAGAUUAAUACAUCAAUAGCAACAAGCAUCGUCAACCAAACGAAACAUGAUCACCAAAUGCUUGAUUUAAAAUCGAAUGAUACUUCGUCAUUACUAAUUUUCAAUGAUAGUAAACCUAAUGAUGAUAUACAACAAUCACCAAUAAUUAUAUCAAAUUUAUUAACAGACGAAAAAAUUCUUAAUGAAAAUAUGAAAAUAAAAACCAAACCCGAUUUAAUAGAAAAUGAAAAAGAAAUUAUUACAAAUAUUAAUCAUGAUUUAGAACAACAUGAACAAUCAAAUAUUAAUACUAAUAAUAAUAGUAAUAACAAUUCAAUUACAAUAAUGGAUUCAAUUCAUAUAAAUUCACCUUCAUCGUCUUCUUCUUUAUUAUUAAUAUCUUCUUCUUCAUCUUCGUUACCAACAAAUACAAAUGAGGAGAAAACUAUUGAACUUUUACCAAAAGAAAUAGAAGAAGAAAAAAAAGAAGAAUAUUUUGACGACGACGACGACAAUGUUCAUGUAGCAGUAGUAGUAGAGAAAAAGAACAACUUCAAUGUCGAACACAACUACCAUCCUACAUCGGGAACAAUAUUAAUAAACGAUGAACCAACACAAGCAGUCUUGUUAGAGCAAGAAAAAAAAGAGAAAAACGAAGAAGAAAAAGAAAAAGAACAGCCACUACUACCAACAUUAGAGCAAUGCAACCAUCAACAUUUUCAAGAUGAAUCUUCACUUAAAAUUUUAUCCAAUAAUAAUUUAGAAAUAAAUAAAAUUAUGUCAAACAUUGAUAAUAAUCAUGAAGAAUUAUAUAAAACAGUUGAAAUUGAAGAAAUACCCGAUGAUGAUGAUGAUGAUCUAUUAAAACAAACUAAUUCUUCAAUUGAACCAACAGAUUUUAUUUUUACUGAUGAAGAAAUAAAAAUACCACGACAAACAUUAACAACAAUAAAAACAAAUAAAACAACUAAAAAUGAUAUAGCUUUUGAAUAUGAUCCUGUUUUAUCAUGUUAUGAAAAAGCCUUUUCAAAAAUUGUUGAAAAUAUUGAUGAUUCCAUAAAACCAUCGAAUAUAAUAUCAAAAGAAUCACAAAUACCAUUAACAACAACAAUAACAACAACAACAACAGCAAUAAGUCAUCAACGUCCUGAAGAUGAUCCUAUUGCUUUACGUGCAUUAAAACGUUUUGAACAAAGUAUGAAUGCUGCUAUGGCUACAAAAAUUGGUAACGAUGAAACAAAUUCAGUAAUGGUCAAAGGUAAAUCAUCAUGGUCAGGUACACUAUCCAAUCAACGUAAAUCACUUGAAAAUGUUUUUAAAAAUGAUCAAACAACACCAUUAACUUCUACUUCAACUAAUGAACAAUCAACAAUAUCUCCACGUGAUACAUUUAUUCGACCACGUAAAACAAUUCUUGAUGAUAUUGGAAUUAAUUUUGGUUUAACACGAAAUUUAUCUAGUACUGUUCAAAAUAAUUCAACAAAUAAUGAUAAUCAUAAAAUAGAAGAACAACAAUCAUCAAUAGCUAUAGUAGAAAAUAACGAAACACAAGUUGUUCCAGACGAAUCAACAACGGUUAUUGAUUCUGAAGGACAACAAGAACAAGAACAAGAAAUGAUAAUUAAUUCAUUAAUGUCAAAUGAAAAAGGUUCCAGUAAUGAAGCAGAAAAUUCAAAUUUAUUAACUACUUCAUCAAUCGAUAGUUCAUUAAAUACAGUGAUUUCACACACAUCAUCUGAACAACAAACACUUACACCAUAUCGUCUUCAACUUGAAGGACGUCGUCGUUUAAAUACACUUGAACGUAUACGUGAUCGUCAUGAUUCAAAUGAUUUAACUCAACAAUUAUCACAUCAAUAUACAGUUAAACCUGAAGAAUUACAAGAUCCAAUUAUACGUCGUGCACUCGAACGUUUCGAUGAAAAAAGUCGUUCAUUAGUACAAACAAAACCAAUAAAUUAUGAUGACAUUCAAGAUCCUAUUACACGACGUGCAUUAAUGAGACUUGAAACAAAUUUAAAACGUACUAUACCAUCAAAUCCUACAACAACAACAUUAACAUCAACAAAUAAUGAUUCAAAUGAAACAUGGUUUACAAAUAGUUAUACACUUGGUUCAUUACAAACAAAUAAUGAUAAUCGUUUACCAACACGUUAUCCUGAUUCAUCGGUACCAUUCAAUAAAACACCACAUGUUUCUAUACAUCAACGUUUUUGUUCAGCAUCAUCAUCUGAUAUGUCUGAAUUAUCUCCAAAUAAUAUGAAUUUAAAUAAUGAACAUGAUAUACCAAUUAUGCGUGUACCAACACAACCAAUUUAUGUUACUUCAAAUAAUCAACAACAGCAACAACAACAACAACCGAUUACUGUACGUCAACGUUCACAUUCUGAAGAUAUGCUUUCAUCAAGAGAUAUUUCUAUGAAUGAAACAAUAAAUCUUGAUAAUAAUACAAAUCAGUUACAACGAAAUCAUUCAUCCGAUGAACUUCAACAUCAACAACCACAACAACAAGAAACAUCAUCAUCAUCAAAUGCAAUUACUACAAAUAAAACUGAUCUACCAUUACCAGCUACAAUACUUAAAUCUCUUGAUUCAAAUUUUGUUCGUACAACAGAAGCAUCUGUUAAUUAUGUUACACCUACACAAACAUAUUCAGCAUAUAGUUGUGAAUAUACACGUCCACAUCAAAAUUCCUUAUUAACAUCACCUAAAUUAGAAUUACCAUCUCCUAGAAAUUAUCAACAACCAAAUGAAAAUGAUACUCAAUGUCCAAAUCCAUCAUCAGCAUUUACACCUGUUCAUCCUUCAACAAAUAAUUAUUAUCCUCAACAACCAUUACCUAUUCCAUCGUAUACAUCAAUGUAUACAUCGAAUAAUCUUAAUCAAACACCUUAUUCUGAUGAUCCAAUUGUUCGUCGAGCACUUGAACGUUUUAAUUCUCAAUUGCAACAUAGUCUUAUGAAUACGCCACAGUAUCAACCUACAAUGAAUGGUAUGUCUCGUCCAAUUCCUAAUGGAUAUCCACGUCAAGGAAACUUUGAUUCAUACUAUCCUCCUGAUUCUCAUCAAUAUGAUCCAUGGGCAAAUUUCAAUCGUACUAUGCCACCAGCACCAAAUACAAGUACGGGUUAUCAAUCAAUAAUUGGUCGUCGUCGGCAAUUACGUCAUGAUGAUAAUUAUCAUGAUGUUACAAGUGUUGGUAAUGCUUAUUCAUCGUUAGUUUUUGUUAAUUCUCAAAAUCCAUAUCCUACAGAAAAUAAUCUUUAUAUGAAUUUUCCUAAUGAACAACCCCCUGCAAUUCCACCACGUUUACAUCGUGAUGUUUAUCGUGAACAACAACCAGAAUAUAUAUCUGAAAAUAUUAAUAAUAAUAACAAUAAUAAUAAUAAUAAUGCAUAUAUUCAUCAAGGAUAUGCAACAAUACCCAAUGGAUUUCGACCAAUAAGUCAUACAUAUAUGCCAUCAGAUUCGUUUCAUCAAUAUCAAGAUGAUGAAUAUUUACGUCAUCGUGCACAAUCAACAUCAAGUACAACAUCAUCGGAUAGUGUUCAUCCAAUACAUUUAACUAAACAACGUUUACCUCCAACAUUUACAAGAACAAAUAUACAACAAAAUAAAAAACUUUCAGCUGAUGAUUCACAAUCACCAUCAGGUCAAACAACACCAAAUAAUGGUAGUGUAGCAGGUGAUUCUGUAUUUCAUCGUCUUGCAUAUACAGCAACAAAAUCUUCAUUAUCAAAAUCAAGUUCAAAUUUAUGUGCAAAUUUAUUAAAUAAAACUCCACAACAUCAACAACAACAACAACAACAACAAACUAAAUCAAAUCAUUUAAAACCAUAUGAAAUUGAUUAUGAUGAUUCAAAUAAUAUUCCAAAUAAACAAGAAUCAACAUCAACAAAUCUUACAAAUAAAUGUCAACGUUCAAGAUCUGUUGAUGGUCGUGCACGUUUAAAAAAUGCUCAAACUCGUGCUAUUAAUAAUAAUAAUAAUCAUCAUCAUCAUAUGAAUCGUUCAGCAAAUGAUUCUGAUGAUAAUAAUUCUACAACAGUUCCAUCAUCAAAAUUUACAUCAAUGAAUAUUCGUCGUGAUACUGCACCACCACCACGUAUUCCAAUAACACCACGAUCAACAUUAUCUGAUCGAGCACCAUUAACAAAACGUGUAUCAAGUGGAAAUAAUUUAUCAUAUCCAAAAAAUCAACAUGGAAAUCGAACACGUCAUUCAAAUGGAAAUUUAAUCGAUACAGAUAAUGAUGAAAAUUUAACAUUUAAUGAUAAUUAUCAACCAAAAAUAAUUGAUAAUAAAACACGUUCAUCAAUGUCUACUCAUCGUUAUGCAACAAAUAAUAAUAAUAAUAAUAAUAAUAAUAAUAAUCUUAUUCAAUCAUCAGCAUCAACAUCAUCUGUGAAUAGUACUAUGUCUCGUACUAAAGUUCCAAUACCAAUAUUAGCAAAUCUUGAUAAAAAAGAUUCAAAUACAUCAAGUAUUGAUCUUCACAGAUCGUCAAAACGUUCAGAGGAUAAUCGUCUUAUCUCUCCAACGGGUCAACGACGAAACAUUCCUGUAUCAGUUUUUUCACCAGCUAAACAUGAUACUAAACGUCCUGUACCAUCAUCAUCUACUAGUCCAACAGAUGAUUCUGCUUCAAUAAAUAAUGGUGAUUCUCAACAUGAACAAGAACAACAACAAACUUCAUAUUCAUCUCGUUCAUCAACAGGUGAUGGUAGUUAUACUGCUAUGAAUAAUACAAAUGAGAUGAAUAAUAAACUUUCAACAACAAAUUCAGCACUUAAAACAUCAACAGGAAAUAUUUUAGAUGAACUUUCAUUGACAAACGAAAAACAUGAUAAUACUAAAAAAAUGAACGUUUUCGAACGACUUUUUCGUGGUCAUAAAAAGAAAGUUUAA